AUGAUCAACAGUUUGGGUCCUUUUGGAAGCGCAUUGGUGACUAUUAUGCAACAAGUGAUCAUGGAAGUGAGUAAGUUUGGUGGAGCUUAUGCAGAGGCAAAGGGUGAGAAAGCUAGUGGCAUGAAUGAUUUGGAUAUUCUGCAGAAUGCUCACCAACUCUACACUAAGCUGUACAAGAGGAAGUUUGGUUUGGAGUAUGCUUGGAAUGUGAUUCGCUUUGAACAGAAAUGGAUUAAUUUGGAGCCUAUGAACCCCACUCCAAAGACAACCAGCUCUAACAAAAGAAAAGCCGAUGAUGCUGCACCAUCUUCAGGGUCUAUUGUGGGUGAGCACGAGAGCAGGCCUGCUGGCAUAAAGGCAAUGAAAAAAUCAAGGAACAAAGGUAAAGAGAAGGCUGCACCAUCACAAGAAUUUGAAGAAGUUCCAUAUUUUAAGCCAAAAAGGGAUGCAACCUUCCGGAAUGGUCUAUCACCGCUACAACAAUGUACUGCAGCAAUUCGACUAUUAGCAUAUAGGACUGGGUCGGACUCAGUUGACGAAUAUAUACGUCUUGCUGAAUGUACUGCUCGUAAAUGUUUGGAACAUUUCGUCGUCGGAAUAGUUGACUUGUUUGGCACUGAAUCCCUACGCCGACCAACACCAGAGGAUCUUCAAAGGCUACUCUUUUAUGGAGAACAGAGGGGUUUUCCCGGGAUGGUUGGAAGCAUCGAUUGUAUGCACUGGAAGUGGAAAAAUUGCCCAACCGCUUGGAAAUGA